AUGGAUAUUGCUAGUGAGAAUAAAGAAAACAUAUUUCUGACAGAGGGUGUAAACUGUUAUCAAAAAAAAGAUUACGUUGGCGCUGUGGAAGCCUUUACUAAGGUGAUAAAUCUCAAAUCAAGACCAGAAUACCUUAGUGCUCUUGAUGGACGCGCUGCUUCAUAUGAAAGACUCAACAAGUUAGAUCAUGCUAUCAACGACGGAAGGACUAUGAUUAAGAUUAUGCCGAGAGCCUCCAUGGGUUAUCUUCGAACGGGAAAAAUAUUACGUCUUAAGGGCCUAACUCAUCUAGCAAUGAAAAUAUAUGAAAGGGGUCUUUCCAAAGUUCCAAUCGGCAAGGAUAAGGGAAAAAUUACCUUGAAAUCAAUGUACAACAAGCUUAAACUACAAAUAACUUGUCAAAAUAGUAAUGAUCCCCUUAGAGUUCUUCCCUUGGAGAUUGUUGAGAUAGUUUUUAAGUUGUUAAACAUGUGUGAACGAGUUACUUGCCUACUUGUGAGUAAGGAUUGGAAGAACCUGCUAGAGUCCAUGAGGUACCUAUGGACUACAAUAGAUACAAGAUAUGCACGUCGACCCAUUGCAUCAAGGGCUCUGCAAGCGUAUCUCAGACGGUCUAAUUUUACAGUCAAUCGCGCUCUAGUCAAUCUAAGAUCAUUUGCACAUGAGCGGAAGAUGAAAUACCUUAUGGAAACCUGUCGGGGUCUGCGAGACCUAAGGAUAUACGGCUAUGGGUAUAUUGAAAAGGCAUUAACCAAUUCCUUGGCCAUAGCCGGAGGUAUUCAAAAACUUCACUUGUCAGAAAGCACUCGGGUAACUAUAUCUACAAUGAUCUUAUCAUUUAAGGCUUGUCAAAAGACAUUAAUAGAAGCCAAAUUUUUGUGCGUCAUAGGAGUUGAGGUUGUAUCAAAACAAUCAUGGCCAAAAAUGAAUGCCCUUAGCAGCAUUCACAUGGCGUUUUGUGGCCUGUGUGACAUGGAGUUGUCAGGAUUAAUUGCAGCCGCACCAAAUAUUAGUUCCGUUGUUAUUAAUAAAUGCAAUUUAUUCGAAAAUUUAAGGCUAGAUUUGACGCUCUGGCCUAAAUUAGAAAGGUUAGAACUCACGGAAACUAGACUUACUUGCUUGCCCAAACUUCCACCAACGUUAAAACACCUAAUCCUCGAUGAUAAUUUACAAAUAUGUUUCAGGAGUAACAACAACAACGGUAUCUAUUCACUUCCUUUACUAGAGACCUUUUCAUGCGAGUCGAACAAUAUUGAAAUUGUAAGUGCACUCCAAAUAAUCGAUAGCAGCAUCCGAGCCAAUAACCUCAAAAUCUUGCGUAUCGGUAGAUCUCAAUACCCACCUCCUCAAUUGGCCUCCGUAUCCGAUGUUUUUCUAGCGUCGUCUACACUAGAAGAGCUAUCAAUCACCCAAGCGCCUAUAAAUGAUGAUGAUGUUGUCAAGAUAGUUAAAAUAUAUCCAGGACUAAAAAAAGUUAAUAUCUCAUAUACUGAAAUCACUGGUAUUACUGUCAAAGAGCUAGUCAACAGUGGAGUGAAGUCAAUCAACAUAGAUGGAUGUUUGAAGGUUUCUCCUGAUGCUGUUCAUAUGGCAAGGUCCCAAGGCGUGUUUGUUGCACACGGAUUCAGAUAG